AUGGUGAAGGUGAAAACCAUCAGUCGGUCGCAUUUGGAAUGGACCAAAGAUCGAAAUGGCGAAGUUCCACGAGUCAAUCGUAAUUUUGAUACAAAAUACAAUCCAAUGGCGAAACAAACAGAGUUCACGCGUGCGAUUCGUGCAGCAAAGCUUGAUCGAAUGUUUGCAAAACCAUUUGUUGGCGCUCUUUCCGGUCAUCACGAUACUAUUCAAUCAGUUGCUGUAGACUACACCAGCCUGUCAACCGUGGUCAGUGGAGCGUUUGAUGGGGGUAUAAUAGUGUGGGAUGUUUUUACGAAGCGACCAAAAGCAAUUGUUGAUGCACAUCGACAUUCCGUUGAUGGACUUGUUUUAUCUACUGAUGGUGUUGCUUGUUUUAGUGCAUCCCGUGAUAAGGUGGUUAAAAUGUGGGAUUUGGAUUUUCCUUCUGAUGAUUCGAAGGUUGAACCGUUGGCUGAAUACCUCGGUGAGUUUCCUUUUUCAUCCAUUGAUCAUCACUUUCAUAAGUCUAUCUUUGUAACUUCUUCUGAUGCUGUGCAUUUAUGGGAUGUUAACAGGACACAACCUCUUCAGCGUUUUUCAUGGGGUGAUGACACAGUCUCUUGUUGUCAAUUUAACAAGGUGGAAACCGAAUUGGUCGCCUGUUGUAUGUCUGAUCGUGGUGUUUUUAUAUAUGAUACAAGAACUAAAGCAUCGCAUUCUAAAAUUAUUAUGGAAAUGUGCUGCACGAGUGUUGCAUGGAAUCCCAUGGAUCCAAACACUUUUGUAACAGGUUCAGAUGAUCGGAACUGUUAUUUGUUUGACAUGCGAGUGCCUGGACGCCCCAAAAGCGUUUUUCAGGGACAUAUUAAUGGUAUAACAUCAGUUGAUUUUUGUCCGACCGGAAAGAAAUUUGUGGCAGGAUCGUUGGAUGCUACGCUUCGAAUGUGGGAUAUUCAUCAAACUACAAAAUCUAAUUCUAUUGAAAUGUAUCACACGAAACGUAUGGCCAAGGUUUUUUCCGUUAAGUGGUCUCCCGAUAGUAGUUACAUAUACAGUGGAAGUGAGGAUGCCAUCCUUAGGGUUUGGAAAGCUGAUGCAAGCAAGCCUGUGCGUCCGUUACGAGGACCUGAAAGAAGUAGCUUUAAUUAUAUGCGAUCUCUAAAGGAUAGGUAUUCCGGAUUUGUGGAAGUAAGGAGAAUUGCUAAUCAGCGUAAUACUCCGAAGGCAAUUAGCAGAGCACAGUUGCGAGGUAAGAAAGCAGAGAAGCGUGAAUUUGUCAAGGAGGCAUCCCGAAGAAAACAUGAUGAUAUAAAGCCCCUUGCUCAACGUAAGGUUUAUCAGUCUCUUAAUUAA